UAUCAGACUGCUUCAUCUGCCUCCUGAUUAGAAUUAUAUAUAUGCUUCUUGCAAUGGCUCUGUUGAGAAGUAUCCUCAUCAUUGGUCAGCUUCUUCCAUUAGUGAGGACCCAAAAUGUCAAGUUCUUCCCAUGUGACAGUGAUGAGAAUGCCACCAUGGUAGACUGCAGUGACAGAUCGCUCAAGGAUGUCCCCUCCUUUACGUCUAACACUGUACUGUCUCUUAAUUUAAGUUGGACUAGGAUAAACCAUGUAGGGAGGGAUGCUUUUGUAGGUGUCCGGAACCUUCAAACUCUGAAAAUAAUGUGGAAUUGCCAACCAGGUCGAUUGAGAACCUUAAAUGACGAGACAUGCGACAUGAAGAUCCACCCUAAAGCCUUCGAAAGCCUACACAACCUCACAUCUCUGUAUCUAUCAGGAAACAGCCUCACAUCUAUCCCCUGGUUACCUGAAACCCUGAAGGUUCUUGAUCUACAGAAUAAUUGCAUCUUCCAAAUUACAAAACCUUUGAAAACUCCUCAUCUGGAAGAGCUCCUCCUCAGUAGGAACUGCUAUUAUGCAAAUCCUUGCCGCCAGUCCUUUUACAUCAGUGAGACGGUUUUCAUAGAGCUUCAUAAACUCCAAACCCUUACAUUAGGGUAUAAUAAUUUGACAUCUAUCCCUGAGGGACUGCCACCGUCACUGAAGAAUCUGGAUUUAAAAGAGAAUACAAUCCCAGAGGUUUUAGAUGGAGCAUUUGCAAACCUCACUAAGCUCAAGAGUUUGGAUUUGGCGUGGAACUGCCAGCGUUGUGACCAUUCAGCUAGGCCCUGUUUUCCUUGUCUAGAUGAUCACCCUCUACACCUGUAUUCAAACUCAUUCAAUGCUUCAAGCAGCUCGAUGACCUACCUAAGUUUAAGGGGCAACUCUUUGAAAACAUUUCCAGAGGGUAUUUUCCGACCUUUGAAGAAUUUAAAGAGUUUGGACCUCUCUGACAACCUCCUUGCAUACGCUAUGCAAAAUGGCACCUUCUUUGCAGAUCUAAAGGGCCUCACUUCGAUUAACCUUCUCUACAAUUAUGAGCCGCUGAGGACAUUAGACAGGCUGACCCUCUCCCCACAUAUUGGCAAUAUAUCUGGUCUAACACAUCUCCUUCUGAGUGGUAACUUUUUCCACGAGCUUUCUCUUAGCAGCCUUGAUGUUCUGUCCGAGCUUAAAAAUCUAACGAGUCUGGAACUGAGAAUGAACUUUAUUACUAAUUGUAACUUGACAGCUCUGACACAGUUACCAUCUCUCAUUGAUAUCGACAUCUCCCAAAACAUGCUUUCAUUCCUCCCGUGCAACUCUAGUCCACUAUCUGAGACUGUGGCUCAGAAAAGCUGUCAGAACCAGAAUUUAUGUCCACAUAAUUUCCAUGAACAACCCAUUAUUGUACGUAAUCGUGAAGUCCCAUCAGGAAAUGAGAUCUGGGAACCCAACCAAUCAAAAGGUGAGCUAAAAAGUACUCUCAAGGUAUUAGACGUUAGUAACAAUGAUUUUUACUUCAGAAUGAGCGGCAUGGGCCAAAGCUUUGAGUUCCUUAGUAAACUGACCAACUUGGAGGUCCUAAGUUUUGCCAACAAUGCCAUUGGGAUGAGAAUAAGUCAAGGACUGAUCAGCAGCUCUGUGAAGUACCUGUACUUCUCUGGAAAUCACCUCAAUGUUAUGUGGAAAUCUGAAGACAACCGGUACACACAUUUCUUCCAAAACCUGACAAGCCUCAUCUACCUGGACAUCUCCAACAACAACCUGACCUCAACCCCAAAGGACAUUCUGUGCUACCUCCCAGGAAGCCUUGAAGCCCUCAUUAUCAGCAAGAAUCAGCUUGACUAUUUCCCAUGGCACAACCUCACAGCACUUGGCAAUUUGUGUCACUUGGACCUCAGUGAAAACAACCUUUUUCAAUGGCCCCAUAAAGACAUAGAAUUUGGAGCAAAUUUUUCUCUGUUGGACCUCAGUCACAAUCACUUUAGUUAUAUCCAUCAGUCACUCUUCAAAGAGUCAAAAUCCUUGCAAUAUCUGUAUCUCAGCCACAAUCAGAUCAAGGAGCUGGACCAUCGGUAUCUACCCACCCCUUUUACCAAUGGUAGUGGCCUUAGGCAACUCAGCCUACAUCACAACCCCUUUAAAUGUGAUUGUGAUACAUCUUGGUUUGUGGACUUCUUGCGCACUACUACGGUACAGAUUCCUCAUGUCACAAAAAUACAUUGUGGAUUCCCAGAGUCCAAGCAGGGCCAGAGUAUACUAUCAAUGGACCAGCAUUCCUGCCAGGACAUUUAUGGCAGCUUAGCUUUCCUCAUCUGUUCCCUCUUGGCUGUGACAUUCACUGUUCUGCCCCUGCUGAAGCAUCUCUAUGGCUGGGACAUGUGGUAUUGCUUACAGGUGCUUUGGGCAGGGCAUAAAGGAUAUACCCAGCUGGCUGGUACUGAUUCAGAGAACCGCUAUGAUGCUUUUGUGGUGUUCGACACCAACAACCAGGCGAUGAGGGAUUGGGUCUACAAUGAGUUAACUGUCCAUCUGGAGAAUUUUGGUCACAGGAGGUUUAGUCUCUGUUUGGAAGAGAGGGAUUGGAUUCCUGGGCUGUCGUGUAUUGAGAAUCUACACAGCGCUGUCCACAACAGUGUGAAGACGGUGUUUGUGCUGUCCAGCGGCUCUGAUGGUGGUGAUACAGUGAAUGGUGUGAUCCGCCAGGCUUUCUACAUGGUGCAGCAGCGGCUCCUGGAUGAAAAGGUGGACGCAGCCGUGCUGGUUCUGUUGGAUGAGAUGUUUCCCAAACUGAAGUACCUCGAGCUGAGGAAGAGGUUGUGUAGAAAGUCUGUGUUGACCUGGCCAAAAAACCCAAAGGCUCAACCCCUUUUCUGGAAUGAAAUGAGAAUGGCAUUGUCGUCAGAUAACCUCAAAUUAUAUGACAACAACAUGAGUGAAAGUUUCAUCUGACUCCAUUUUAAAAGCUGAUGGUGAGCCUUUUAGUGGAAAGUGAUUGAUGAUGUAACAUACU